AUGGCGGAUAUAUAUUCGAAUCGAAGAUGUGGCACACUGUGGUACCGGCGUCCGUAUCCACCACACUGCAGAAACAUCGCCGCCAUCUGUUUUGGUUGCAAGGAAGAAAUUAAGGAUAAGAUGCUGGAAGCGCUGGACAAAAGCUGGCAUCCGGAGCAUUUCGCGUGCAAGGAGUGCAAGAAGCGCAUCGCCGAAAAUAAAUUCCACGAAAGCGAAGGGCUACCGGUGUGCUCCAAGUGCUUCGAGUCUAAGGUACAGGCGAUCUGUGCCGCCUGCCGCAAACUGGUGACCGAGAAAGUGGUGAAGGCUAUGGGCAAAACGUGGCAUCUGGAGCACUUCAUCUGUGGUGGACCCUGCAAGCAACAGCUCUCGGGCAAGACGUUCUUCGAGCGCAACGGCAAACCGUACUGUACCGCUGACUACGAACGUCUGUACGCACCGAAGUGUGGUGGCUGCAAGAAACCAAUCGCCGAGAAAGCCCUGUCCGCACUGGAAAGCAAAUGGCAUAAGGAAUGUUUCAAGUGCAAGCUCUGCAAGGAACCGAUCGGUGUGGAUGCCAAAUUCCGGGCCGACAAGGAAAAGCAACCGAUCUGUGAGAAGUGUGGCGUGUAA